GCAGGGACAUGCAAUGCACUUUGAUAGCCAAAAUAUUCUAGCACUGUGUCACGGUAGGCGGGGUCUGACGCUUUAUCAAGUCAAAUUACUGCCCGCACCCUCUCCACAUUCUCGACCUUCAUCAAAUUCUGACCUCCACCCUCCAAGUGACGUCAGAAAUCACAACAACUGAUCAGACCAAUAGUGUGCUGCAUGCAUACUUCUGGGGUCCGGGUAACUGAACAGAUCCACCAAGACAUCUCACAGAGAGAGUUGAACUUUUUCCAGCUUUGUUAUUUGAACAAGACGCAGUGUGAGAUCGCUUUUGGUACGUUUCGAUGUCAUUAAAUGUAUAAACCGUUGAUUCCUCGCUGGAUUACUGCACAAAGAGCAGCGAGAAUAGACUAAAGACUCGACGCGCUUCAAGAUGUUGCUGUACGUUUGGCUUUCGCGGCAGUGAGCAAAUGUGAUUCGUUUCCAGCCGUUUGGUGUUUUGUCCAUGGAGGAGUUUCGAUACACGUUUCUGCGGAUAUCGAAGGAACAAAUAUGAGCAUACUUAACUAUCUGAAGUGGUCAGCAGAAGAACGCGGCUAAAUGGAACAAGAGGAGUUGUUUAUCUCAGUCUCUGCUGGAGAAACAUUAUGGGUUAUAAACCAACAAAUGGAAUCCCUUGAUCUAAUAAGUUAACUUUUAAGCUUCUGCAACAUCAAGGAAUGGCAAGCUCUGGCAACUCUGCAGUCAUUCUACGGCUGCAAAUAUUGAUUUUGUCCAUCGGCUGUGCGUUGAUAUGUUAUAGUCGUUUAUCAACCGCAUCACCGGCACACAACCAGCGCUUGAUAUGCUGGCAAGCCAUCGUGAAGUGCCAAGGAGAACCGGAGUGUCACUAUGCGUACACUCAGUAUCUACACGCGUGCGGUCCGGUGAUAAACGGCAACAGGAAGAAAUGUCCCAGCCAUUGCAUUUCUUCCAUCAUUCAGCUCAAUCUGACUGUGAACGGCCCGGCACUGGAGGACUGCGAGUGCGCCUCGGACACUUUAUGCAAGAUGACCAAGCGAGCCAUUGAACCCUGUAUGCCCAGAACGAGCCACAUGGGCUGCACCGAAGCGCGUAAGCAGUGUGAGAAGGAUCCCGAGUGCAGCACCGCCAUGCGGGACUAUCUGUAUCACUGCAGGAAACUGUUCGGCGGAGACCGCUGCUCUGAAGACUGCCGGCGGGUCAUCACGAACAUGCGCUCCAUCCCCAAAGCCCAGCAGCUGGAUACUUGCGUGUGCGACGGCACAGAGAGGACCAUAUGCGAGUAUGUCAAAGGCAGCAUGAAAAACUUCUGCUUUAACGAACGGUACGGCGGGAGUGGCUUUUCAGAUACCGAGGACGACUUGGACGACGACUAUGAGACGGAUUAUGAGGACGAGGAGAGUGAUGCCUGGGAUUUAAGAGCACAAAAGAGUUCGAUUGUGAUGUCCACCAUUUUGACACUUUCUUCUCUUGUUGUAAUAAGAUAGACUAGGGCAUGUUUUCAGAAGUAACUGCAUAUUUGGCCUGGGUGGAAAUAAUGGGGGUGAAUUCGGACUUCCCCAAAUUAAGCCCUAACACUCCCCCCUCCCCCCAGACAUGGAAGUAAAAACAAAAGGUGCAUGUGUGUGUGUGUGUGGAGGGGGUUAUAUACACAAGUGUGUAUAUAUACGACGUUUCAAGCCAAGUAUUAAGACACUUGGGAAGUCUCAAGGUUAUUAAAAGCAACAGUAGCGCUACGUGAUCACUUUCCCGCGGUAAAAGUAGCACAUUACUUAUCACUUUAUUGUGUAGAUGUACUCACAAAAAUAUAACAAGACCUUUUGUGUUUUGUAUAGAACGUCGUUAGUUGAAGUGCGGGCGCACCACGAGACGAAUCUCAUAUCGUAAAUUAGGCUACUGACAGAAAAAUAGUCCCCUAAAAGAGUAAUGGAAUAAUUCGCACAUUGUAUUUGGUCCAAUGAGCUGCCCACGUUAAGUAGCCGAUGUCUCAAUGGGCAAAACAUGUUAGUGUCCAACUUUUAUUUUUUUAUUUUUUGGGGUUGGGACUUGGCUAGAAAGCCCUGUUUUCUGCUUAUAGGCGCUUAAAAUGUACAGGUAGACGACAGAAACAGCCCACUGGAUAAAAAUAAAGAAGAAAAUGGGAGGAGAAGAAAACCAGAAUCCCAUAGUGAAAGGUUGUUUUUUAAAACCUAGUUGAGCUGCCAAAAUCUGCACACCAUGAAAAGGAGUAAUUUGUCUUUGAUGUAAAGAAAAUAUGUUGGAAAUAUGUGCUCCGCUAUAUAUUAAGUUAUUAUGAACUAUUGUGGAAACUGCUAUUCAAAGAGAUAAAUAAAUAUUGGAAGUUUAUUUUUGUAUGAAAGAUUGGUUAGUGUAAACAAAAUGCUUAUUGUAAAUGUGUAGAAUGUUUCUGUAUCAUAUAAUUGUGUGAAUAAUGUUGAUAAACAAUACCAUGCAAUAAUGUUCAUAAAGAUUGGCUUCAAAUUAUUCCAAAGAUCA